GCAGAAAACUUGGGUUCAGCAGUCCAUUUUAUCAGUAUUUCAAACGCAAAACGGCAAAUCGCAUUUAUAAAGUGUUUGCAUUUCAAUUUUUUUUUUUUUAACUCUUCCAGUUCCGAAUGCUGUCCAGAGCCAUUUUUCAUCAUGAAAAAUGCAGGCAGAGCAUUUUCAAGGUACUCAAAUGGACAAAACACUGAACACAGGAUGUUUCUACCAAGCUGGUCACACAUCGUAAUGACCAAUUCACACCUCAGACCUCUCCCACCCUUGAAAACAAAAGAUAUGUUAAUGACCAUUCACAACUCAAAUUCCUCAUGA